CUCAUCCCCUUGUUGCUUCUAUAAAUGUGUCCAAGAUCCACGCCUUUACCUCUUUCCAGUCGGUCAGACCUACUCAACCUUAGACCUAAUCAAGAAACUCAUCUUUCAGAGGACAAACUGUACGCUUGCCCCCAGAAGGGCUGCUUUGUGCGGCUAACGGAGGAGCAGUUCCUCAACCAUGUGCUCUAUCAUAUACGCAGCACCCUCAACCAGGACAGUAAGCAGAUCAACUGCAAGUACUGCGACCAGACCUUCCUGCCGCCGUCGCUGCGCACCCACCUGCAGCAGUCCCAUGCCCGCCACAAGCUCUUCUGUAGCAUAUGUCUGGCCACAGCGGUCAAUAAGCGGCUGAUGGUCUACCAUGUACGCAAACACCAUAGCCAGGCCUUUGAGAAGAUCAAACGUCAGCUGCAGUUUAUCCAGUUGCCUACGGAUCCGGAAGCGGGAGGGGCCAAUGCAGGAGGAGAAGGAGCCGCCACUGAUGCGAAAAGCGUUUUCCUGACAGCCGUUGUCCAGCCAUUUGGUAAGCAGGAAAUGGAGAGCUUCAAGCGCCGGCUGCUGGAGGAGUUGCUGCUACGCAGACAAGGCACAAAGAUGGCCUACCGCUCCUCCGAGGUGCGUCUCCUGCCGCGAGUUCCUUUCUUUUCACAGCCGUUGCGCUGCUGCGAGUGCAACUUCAGCACCAAAGAGCGGGCUGUCAUCCUGUGGCAUCUGAACGAUCACAAGAAGAGGAACGAACGCAAGGCCUACCAAAUGGACGAGUGCCUUACCGAUGCAGCCCCAACACCAGUACCAGAAUCCGAUGUCGAUGUGGAGUCGGUGGAGGAUAAUGCUGUGGCUGCUGAAACUAUACGGGAUUCGCUUGAAGCUCAAGUAGACCCGCCAGCAGUCCGGCCACCGGGACAACACAAGGCGGUGACACCAAAGUUCAACUAUGUGCCGCCGGAUAAUCGCUACCGUUGCGGCUUCGUCCCCUGCAUCCACGUGCUGGGUACGGAGCUGGAGCUGCGCCAGCACAUGACCAUGAAUCACAGCAACAUCGAGAUGAUCUUCUGUUAUCACUGCAAGAUGGGUCUGUUGGGCCAGAGCAGCGUGGAUAAGUACCUGCAGCACCUGAUGCUGCACAAGCGGUACAUUUACCAGUGCGGCGCCUGCGUGCUCUACAACGAAAGGCGCUCGACGAUUGUGCGGCACAUCCAGAACCGGCAUCCGCUGCACGAGGUGGACGUGGUGGUUCAUCGCCAGAGUGACACGGUUCUGAAUACUAACGCCAGGUGGCUGAAGACGCCCAAGAGAACCAGCUUGAUGCAAACGAAGUUCUUCUGUAACCUGUGCCAGGUCAGCCUGCCCACGUUAGACCAGAUGGCGGCCCAUGCGAAGGCCCUUCACGAUCGAGAGUACCAGUACCACUGCCUCUACUGCAGUUUCGGCAACAAGAAGUCCUGCGUGGUCAUAGACCAUAUUCUCGACACCCAUCCCGGUCGGCGGGUGCAGCCGAUCCAAGUCUUCCAGCAUCCUUCCUCCAGGAAUACGCUCGGCUUCUACUGCAUCGUGUGCCUGAAGGGAGCGAGCACCUGCCUGCGUAUAGGCCAGCAUUGCGAGGAGCUGCACAAGUCACGGUACCAGUGGCAGUGCGCGCAUUGCGAAUUUGGGAAUCAACAGGAGCGCAUCGUAAAUCAGCACAUCGAGAUGAAGCAUCCGCAGGGGCUGGGGAUGGCGGUGAUGCAGUUUGUGCGGGUGACCAAUGAGAUACCAGAUGCUUUGAGCUGGGAAUUGGGUCAGCCCAUUGAGGAGGAGGUGGUGGCUGAAGUGGAGCAACCAGCAGCUUCGAAUGUGGUUGAAGAGGAGGAACCAGCAGCUUCGAAUGUGGUUGAAGGAGAGAUGCAGCAGCAGAAGCAGCCGCAGCCGCAACAACCGCAGCUCCAGGGGCCGCCGCAUCAAGAGCCACCAAAGCAGCCCCCAAUUGUUGACCCCGAGGUGGUAGAUCUGCUAACUUCGGACGGUGAAAGUGAAGACAGUGAGCCCAGCGAGAGUCCGGAAGAAGAGGCAAGUUCAUAA